GUCAGUUGGGACUAUUACUCGUGCUAAAUAGCCUAAAUGAAUAUUGUUCUUAAAUGUAAAAAUAGCAUAUUAUUAUACUUAGUUAUUUGAUUUUAUUUUAUUUUCAUUUACAAUCAAUCUCAAUAUUUCUUGUUCAUCUAAGAGUAUAAAUGCUAAAUAAAAAUGAUUCUAAUAACAUUUUAUAUUUUUAUUUGUUUUAUUUUUGUUUUAAAAGCGCAAUCCAUAUUUAGGCCUAAUUUACCCUUGGGAAAAUAUCGAUUGGUAACCAAUGCAAUUCGCCAAUGUGAUAACACCCAACAUCUACCGUUUCAAGUGAAUUUAUAUUUGAAUAAGAAGUCAUCCAAUGUUACAGAAUUUAGGGGUAAUUUUUCAUUAGGAAUACCUAUGGAUGAUUCAUUAAUAUUGGACGGAAAUGUUGAAUCUUGGAGUUUAACUGGAGGUUGGAAACCAAAUUCUAUUGUUUACGUAACCACUAACGACUGUACUAAAACAAAAUUCAUCGCGGGAAAUGUUUGGAAAUCAUUUCUAAAAGCUUUUAAUGUUCCAACUGAAAACUGUCCAAUACCACCGGGUACUUAUAGUACAUCAACGGGAUAUGACACAUCACUUCUUGAGGACAACAACGCCCCAAAAGUGUACUUUUAUGGAAAAUAUAAAUAUGUGGGCAAGAUGAAAACUAAAGAUAAUAAGCUAUUAGGUUGCAUCGCUUAUGAGGUAGAAUUGUUAAGACCAUGGGAGGUAGAUUUCUCUAAGAAUUGAUACUUAAUAGGACAUAGAUAAUAAGUACCUAAAAGUAACUGCGGUGUAAUGAAAUAUUUUAAUUUUGAAAUAUAAU